UCCCCUUUCCGGAACCUUUUGUCGACCAACAAAAUGCCGUCCAAUUCCGACAUCAAACUCAUCAGGUCCUAUAUUGAUGUUAUAGAAGCGGAAAUGGAUGAAAUAGAUGAAAGGAUGUCACUUACAAGAGCUGCUCUACGACAGGCUAAAGUAGACAAACUGCGUCUUCAAAAUAUCGUGGCUAUCCAUACGGCCUUUGUGGCUCCCAUACGAAAACUCCCGUACGACAUUCUAGCCGAGAUUUUCAAGUGGACAAUAGAGACUGCGCCAGAUGGACGCCCAUCAACGCAGAUAGAUUGCAUCUACGCGUCGGAACCGUGGUCGCUCGGUCACGUCUGCAGAUACUGGAGGGAAGUCUCACGCUCAUGUCCAUUCCUCUGGUCACAAAUCAGUCUUCCCUACCACAAUCUCAUUGCUUCGUCGACCAUACAAAACCGAGAUAUCCAGAUAUUGAAACACUUCCUCGACCGGUCAGGCGCAGUGCCUCUCAGUAUU